UUGAUUAUUAAAAGAAUUCUGUCGUAAAGAGUCUGUAAACUUGUAAAAAAGGACUUUGCUGCGUAUGAAAAUAUCGUACUUGCUGAGUAGAUGCAAAACAUUUCCAUUGGCUUGAAAUAUCCAAUGACAUAAUUGUUCACCCCCAGUUGAAAAAAAGUAGAAAAUGUUUCUACUUUUUCAAUGACCAAAGAAUAUAACGCAAUAAUAGCGCAUGCUCAGAGCUGAGCGCUACGGCUCAAGCGUACAAUGGGGUUAAAGCCAAGGGGGUGCGGAGUGUUCGGACUCCCCAAAACCCUUUAUCCAGGUCUUGUUGAUUCUUCUUCACCCUCCAAAAACACAUUUUGUAAUAAGUCACAAAACCCUGGGUUGUUUGGUAGGUUGGUCUAGGUUGUUGUAGUUCUUUUCUUCAUUAUAUAUCUAAACCUUUUAUUUCCUAAUCUCCCAUCCCUUUAAGGCUUACUUGCUAGUAAAAAAGUGUAUUUAAUAAGGCAAUAUGAAUAUAUCACUUUUUGAAGAAAUUAUUAUGCAUUUAAACUCACACAUAAAAACUCAUCGUUGUAGAGUACAGUUCUAUUGCUGUAGCUAGAUAGGACAAAAGUUACAAAACAUUUAUAUAUAGUAAUACCUGAAAAUAUAUACAAGCAUGAAAUGAAAGUAGAACACAUAUAUAAUAUAAGCAACAACAAAGCCAAGAUAAUAACACAUCUCUAUAUAAUAUUAAUAAGCGUGAAAAAAAUAUAUAUAUACAUAGCAUAGCUCACAAUGUAAAAUAUGUGAAAACAUAAAGGUAUAUAUAAUAGCAGCAGGGAGGGAGGAGGAAGAAAAACUGCUAGAACUGAAAAGGAAAACCAUGAGGCAACUGCAGCUUAAAUACUAGCAAGACUGCUGACCAAAAUAUACUGCUGGCACAUAGGUAAAUGGUAAUGUUACCGAAACACGCGGCUUGGUAGGUGGCCGUGAUUGGCGGAAGGGAAGGCUUGUGCUGGUGGGCUUGAACCACCAACUGUGCUCGAUCCUGUAGUGAGAGAAAAGGCAAUUGCAAAUUGGUCUCACUAUCGGACCAAUAGCUCAGUUGGCAGAGCAGGGGGCGCUAACCCAAUGGUCGCUGGUUCAAAUCCCGCUCGGUCCAAGUUUCCACUUUCGCCAAUAGAGAUCACCUCCACUUCUGAAAAUUGUAUAAUGUAUAUAGCCUUGUACUGUAUGCUACUACUGUUGUUCUUCUACUGUUCUAUAAAUUGUACUGUUCUACUACUGUUCUAUAAUAUGUAUACUGUACCCAGAAAAUAUAUAUAUAUGCGUGGGUAACUAGGGACUACCAGGGACGAAUUUGGGUAAGUGUCCCAAACCUGGGCCCCCUAAUCCGUUUCGGAAUGGACGAGUUGAUUCUUCAUCAGCGUUUUAAGAUAUACAGUACAGUCUGAAUGUAAUCUACCGCGGACGCAACCUCACAUUAAGGUAGCGGUAUGGUAAAUUACACCUCUUCUGUAUAAAGCAUUUUUUUCCAACUUUCCUUUUAAAAAAACAUUAUAAAAGUAUAUAUGUACUUGUUAACAAAAGUUUGUUCUACAAUAUUAUGAAAAAAAAAAUUAAAAUGUUGUAACAGAAAAAAAAUAUAGUCGAAAGUCUUAAAAAGUGGGUGUGGCCAACUGUGAAGGGAUUUGUCUCAAAAGUAUACAAGUUUUCAGAAAAAAAAAUAUGUCCACAUGUUCAGCAUAGUCUGAAUUUAAAUCGCGUGUCUCAUUUUUUUCUUAACUUUAAUCGUUUUAAAAAUAUGCCGUAAAACAUCUAUAAGAUCAUAAAAAUAACACUCAAUUUUUUUUCCUUUUUCUUUCAAUCACUUUUGCAUCCAAAUCCGCUGACCAAAAAUUAAAAUGAGACACGCGAGUAGAGAUCAAACACUCGUGAAGCCGAAAACGAAAGUUUCAUGACGUCAUCUAAUGUAUUUUUGAGACAGAUCCCUUUUAAGAAGAGUACGCAACCGAAAAUUUUACGAAAAAAUUAUUCAGAGAUAUUCGUUAACGAAGUUUUUUCUUUCGACCUGUGAUUGUUUACAAGAAAUUGAAAAGAGAAUAUUUAAUUAUUCAUUAGUUAUUUAAAGUGAACUUGCGGAACUCUUAUUCAACAUUUUUUUUGCAUAAGAAUGCCCCCGUCAUAAUAAAGCAAAAUUAAUAAUUCUCAAAGCAUUUGUUUCUAAUAUGAUGAUAUUUUUUCUCACGUCAGGGGGUUUGAGGGUAAAAUAUGAAUAUAAAUGUUCAAAAACAGGAAAUGUAAUAAUCGAGAAUACGAUUCUGUUCAACUUUCAUUUUUGUUUUGUGAAAAUAUUUGUUACAAUAAGAAUAUAAAAAUGCCAAAAGCAAAUAAAACACUGCAGAAAAAAAACAGCGAGGGAAACCCAGGCAAUGUUUUUUCGUUGGAAGAAGAAGUUGGAAAAAACAUGAGAGAUGCAGGAUACGAUGGCAGCCUGUUCAUUUCUGCACUAAAAGAUGCCGUAAAAAUUAGAAAGAAAAGAUCGAAAACACCAAGAAAAAUUCGAUUUUCUUUUUAUUGCUAUUGGGCUAGAAACCUCUUGAGAAAAGAAGUAGGGCCGGAAAAUCCCGAGUAUUCAUUUCCACCCUCGAUACUAUCCUAUCUUCGAUCCCUCUGUCCAGGAGAUAUAGUAGGCGAAUUUAGAGAGAACGCAUACAAAGUUUCAAUGACAGAAUUCUGCGAUUCUUUAGAACUUCCCCUAAUAACAGUAUGAAAUAUAAAAAAAAUAUAUAUAAAAAAUAGGUUACUUUUCAAACAUGAAAAAUAUAAAAUACAUAAACGCAAUUAUUUCUUUUUUUGUUUCGAGCCACGCCCUCUUGUUGAACAGUUUGACUGAAAAGCCCCUGAUUUGUAUUUUUGUCUCGCUUAUGUCUCACACCUUAUGCAUAAAUAUAGCGUAAACAGAAAGUUCUCAAUGCUGAAGUCACAUUAUUUUUAGUAAACGUGAGUCAUAACUCACUUCGUGCACAGAAAUAUUUGAUCGCCAGAACAAAGACAUAUGGAGUGGAAUAUUUUUUAACGCUAAAUCCUUCAAUUUUGAGGAAACAUUUUGGAAUAAAAAUUAGUUCAUUGGAAAGAGCAGUUUUAAUAGUAAAAUGUUCCUUAAAAAAAAAAAAAUGUAAAAAAAAGUAAUUAUUUACCAUACCGCUACCUUAAUAGUUACACAGAACAAUAACAUUGCGAGAGCUUUUGUUUUUUUAAGAAAAUAAUUGCCUCGCUAAUAACAAUGACCCCAUGCGGUUGAAUGUUUACUCAAAAUAUGUUGCAAGAUCAAUUUUAGCAAUCUAUUUUGCGCGAACUCUUUUGAAAUUUUUAAUUAUUAUUAUUUAGCGUUUUUUUAAAUCGCAUUUUAAAAGUUUAUAAAUGAAAAGCGGCGAUAGAAAUGUUUUUUUAAAUCGCAUUUUAAAAGUUUAAAAACGAAUAGCGGCGAUAGAUAUGUUUUUUUAAAUCGCAUUUUAAAAGUUUAAAAUCGAAAAGCGGCAAUAGAAAUGCUUUUUUAAAUCGCAUUUUAAAAGUUUAAAAACGAAAAGCGGCAAUAGAAAUGUUUUUUUAGAUCACAUUUUAAAAGUUUAAAAUCAAAGAGUGGUGAUAGAAAUGUUUUUUAAGAUCCCAUUUUAAAAGUUUAUAAACAAAAAGCAACAUUUAAUAGUUGUGAACAAUGAUUCUCGUAUGUUUCUUAAAUUAAACGCGCUGGAAUCUUUUUAAGUAAUUAAAUCAACAAUACAUUCUCGCGCAAUGUAUUAUAAAACUUAUUGUAUUAUAAAUUUUUGGUCUUGAUGGGGCCAUUGCUGACGUCAGCAAAAUUUUUAAACCCUUCCUUACAUCUCAUUAACCGCUCAUAUCAAAAGCACAUGAUCAUAUACAUUUUCUUGAUCAGCGCUUUAAUCUGUACACAAUAGAUGCAACGUGAAAACAAAAUUCUAAAUUUUUAAUGGAUAGGUUGCUGACGUCAUCAAAAUUUUUAUCCUGCCUCAGUGGAUGUUUCCACGGGCCUUAUCGACUUGUGACACAAGUUUUGGAAGUUAUAAUUUUAUUAUCUCACUAAGUUUUUUGUGCAUUAUGAUUUCAUUUCAUUGAAUUUUGAUGAAUAGUAUGCUUGUUAUAAAUGUUGCAGCUUUUUUAGUUUGAAGCUACACUCUACAAUUACAACACAACAUGUGGCAGCAAUAAAUUUUGUGCUUAUGUCUGCACUUUUUCUGUGGCAUCAUCACGACAUUGAAAUUUCUUCACAUUACAACUUUUUGCUUAAAAUUUAAUUAUUCUAGUUAUGAAGUGAAUUUUCAAAUUUUGUUUGAAGUUUUCGAUAGUUAGUAAAUAUAUAUAUAAUAUACUUAACAUAUUUUCUGGUUUUUACAUCUAUAUUUUAAUACCUGUAUACGUCUGUUUGUCACGCAAAAUGGCAGCUUAGCUGCGCAAGUAUAGCAAGACGCACGCAAUGCCCUCUGAAGAAAACAGGCGAACCUCUGGAUUUUUCCAUGGGCUAACAGCUUAUAUAUAUAAUGCAUGAACUGCCCCCCCCCCUGGACCUAAUAGGGUUUACACUGUUUUUUAACUUGAAAACAAUUAACUUUUGGAGUGGAAUAGCAGUUCUUCUUAGAACCAUGCCACAUGUUCUGUAUUAUCCAUUGCC